AGUGCUUUUAAGUCUUCUCUUCUCCUGCACUUUCUCCUCAACUUGUUUCUAAUCAUCGAACACCAGAGAGAGUCUCCCUUUGAUUUGUGUAUUGGAGGAAGGAUGGCGGAACAAGUACCAUAUGGAGUGGCUACAAGUCUCAUCAACAUGUUGGCUUCAGCAGCAUUCAGAGAGAUUGCUUCCAUUUAUGGGGUCAAGACUGAGAUUGAUUGGCUGAAGGAAACUGUUGAAGACAUCAAGGCUGUGCUAGCUGAUGCUGACCAAAAGCAGCACACUGAGCAACGCAUCCAGCGCUGGAUAACCAAACUCAAACAUGUGCUUUACGAAGCAGAUGACGUGCUUGAUGAGAUCCACACUCAGCAUUUGCUGCGCCAGAGGGAUGGAGAGGGAAAGGGAAAGGUAAAGAUGGAAGAGUUGUUGAAAUGAAGCAUGAGAAGAGUAACUGGAGGGAAACUAGUUCUUCUGUGCUCCAAGAGGAGAUGGUUGGCAGGGAGGGAAACAAGAAGGACAUAAUUGAUUUGUUGUUGAAUGAUGAUAAUAGCCAUCAAAAUGUUUCCUUGGUUGCUAUUGUCGGCAUUGGGGGUUUGGGUAAAACUGCUCUUGCCCAGUUGGUGUACAACGAUGCUGACGUGGAGCGUUCUUUCCACAAGCGAAUUUGGGUGUGUGUUUCUCAAGGCUCUGAUGUAAAUGUGCUUGUUAAACUGAUGCUAGAAUCAUUACUUAAAAAGGAAGAAAAAGAUAAUCAAGGACGAGAGUUGCUUGAAAAUAAGCUUAAACUACAUUUAGAUGGCCAAAAAUUUUUGCUAGUUUUAGAUGAUAUUUGGGAUGAUUUUCCCAGAAAGUGGGAAGAGUUGAAGAAGGUUUUGAUGUGUGGUGCUGAGGGUAGCCAGAUUUUGUUGACUACACGUGAUCAAGCGAUAGUCAAGAGAAUGGGUAUAAAAACGCCAUAUCUUUUGGAAGGAUUGAACAAUGACCAAUCUUGGACUUUGUUGAAAAGAUUGGCAUUUGACGAUGAUAAAAUAAUGACCCCAAAUCUGGAGUCUGUUGGCCAAAAAAUUGCAGAAAAAUGUAAGGGUGUUCCGCUGGCAGUAAGAGUUAUGGGAGGUUUGUUGCGAUCAAAAUUGCGGGAAACUGACUGGGAAGAUCUCUUGAAACGUGACUUUUGGAAGCCACAUGACAAUAAUGAUUUAAUUAUGCCAAUUUUAAAGUUGAGUUAUGACAGUCUAGCAACUGAAUUAAAACAGUGUUUUGCUUAUUGUUCUUUAUAUCCAAAAGAUUGGGAAUAUGAAAAGGAUGAAUUGAUUGAUAUGUGGAUGGCACAAGGCUUCCUUGAAAAUAAAGACGAGGCACACUGUCUAGAAGACGUGGGUGAAGAGUAUGUUCGUGUUUUAUUGAUGAAGUCAUUCUUGCAAGAUGUUAAGACGGAUGAAUCAGAAGAAAUAAAAUAUUUUAAAAUGCAUGAUUUGAUGCAUGACUUGUCCCAAUCAGUUGCUGCUAGCUUUGACAUAUACAUUGAGGGAGGAAAAGACGUUCCAAGGUGUCCUAGACAUGCUCUUUCUAAAAACUAUGACUCCAGUAGGUUACUAAAUGUGCUGAAUCUAGGUAGAUUGAGAACCUUUCAUGAAAUGAAGAAAACAUAUGGAAGGGAUCAAACCAAUUUAUUUGUGUUAAAAUGCUUACGGAGUCUAGAUUUGUCAAACUGUGGGAUGAGAUAUUUGUCUAAAUCAAUAGGUAAAAUGAUCCAUUUGAGGCAUCUUAAUCUUUAUCGUUGUUACCAUUUGACUUGUUUGCCCAAGAGUUUUGGUAACUUAGUCAAUUUACAAACAUUUAGAUUGACCCGCUGUGUUAAUUUGAAAUUUUCUGGAGAUAUUAUCACGAAGUUGGUAAAGUUGCGCCGCCUUGAUAUACUAGGUUGCAAGGCCUUUGAUGAUGGAAUGCCUAUGGGGUUGGGCAAGAUGACUUGUAUGCAGAGGUUGUCACAUUUCAUAGUAGGUAAUGAUGAUAAGGAGAUAAAGAAAGCCAAAUUGAAUGAAUUGAAAGAUCUUGACCUCAAAGGUAGAUUAGCCAUCAACAAACUUGAUUCAGUAAGGGAUGUAGAGGAGGAGUCCAAAAAUAUUAAUUUGAAAACAAAGAAAAACCUCAUUUCCUUGUCCCUGGAUUGGGGAGACGAUCCCAAGAUGGAAAAAAGUGAUGCCAUGCAGUUACUAGAAAAUCUUCACCCUCAUCAAAAUUUGAAGACACUAGAAAUAAACCGGUACCCUGGGGUAUGUCUAUCUGAUUGGCUUUUGUCAUGUGCAAAUCUUGUACAAUUAGAGUUUUUUGAAUCCAAAAAUUGUCAAUACUUGCCAGCGUUAGAAGGCUUUGUUUCUCUCAAGACUCUUCACAUAGAGGGGAUGGAUAAAUUGGAGUGCAUAUACUAUAAAGGAUGUUCAUCAUCAGCCAACUUCUUCCCAUCUUUGGUGCAAUUAACAAUUGACACCUGUAGAAGUUUAAGGGGAUGGCAAAGGGAGGCAAAUGUCCAAAAUACAAGAGAUAACGAGUGGCAUGAUUCACUGCCUCCAUUUUCACAUCUUUCAGCAUUGGAAAUUCGUAACUGCCCAAACUUAAGAUGCAUGCCUACUUUUCCAAAUCUCGCGAGGCAUUUGGAAUUAAUCAACUCCAGCAUAAAGCCAUUGGUAGACACAUUAAGAGUGAGCACAAUUGGGCCGUCAACAUCACAUGAUAUGACUCCAUCUCUUUCCAUGCUCAAGUCUCUUCACAUUGGACGGAUAGAAAUGGAAGCAUUACCAGAGGAAUGGAUGCAAAAUCUCUCCUCUCUUAAACAUCUCUAUAUUGUGGGAUUUUCAAGUCUAGAGAAACCAUUUCUUCAUAUGCAAAAUCUAUCUGCCACACUCGAAAAAUUGAGUAUUUUCAAACUUGAUUCACAGUAUGUUGAUGAAGAUUAUAACAUGCAGUGCCAAGACCUUUGUUGCCUACAUUCUCUCCAAACAAUCGAAUUUGUUUGUUGUGAUCACCUCAUGGCUUUACCAGAGUGGAUUUGUGAUCUCCAAUCACUACGAGUUAUAGAGAUUUGGUUUUGUGCAAACUUGAAGUCAUUUCCAGCCGAAAUGUCUUGCCUCACUAAUUUACAAACACUACGGCUGGAUAGAUGUUCUCUACUUUUAAAGGAAAUAUGCCAGAAACGUACAGGAGCAGAGUGGCUAAAAAUUCAUCACAUCCCAAAUAUAUUGAUCGAUGGGUGUCAAAGCUAACUCUUCAUUGCAUGCAUCCAAAGCUGACCAUUUUUUUUCCCAAGAGAAGGCAGCCUCACAGAGCAUGCUCUGCGCUCUGAAUCUUUAAAAUAAGUACUCAAAUUGGGAUGAAGUAAGAGGAAAACUUUUUAGACACCUGAGCUUACUCAUACCAGCACAUACUUGAUCCUAUGUAUGAUGGAAAGGGUUCUUUAAAUCUAUUGAAUGUUGUUGGAGAGAAUUAAGAACUCGGACAAGUAAGAAAGGAUUCUAGUUUGUCAACAAAUAUGUUAAGCUUAUGCUCCAAUAAUAGUUUGUUGUGUCCCUUGUUAUUAUCAAUAACACUAAUUACCAUCUUUUACCCAUGAAAAUUCCAGGUCAAGAUGGUUAUGUUCAGGUUGAUCCUGUGAGUUAUGUUUACUGCAUUGUAAGUCACUUGUUUUCGUGUCGAAAUAUGAAAAGGUUAAUAUGUAUAAACUUGUGAUGAAAGCCUAUUUUGAAGAAUAGUAUCUAGCAAAAGAAAUUGGGUUACAAUUUUUUUUUGGUGGAAAAAAAAAAUUAUAUCACCUUGUCUUCUUAUUUUUAAUUGAUUUUCGCUUAUUACUCAAUUUCAGAAUUGGAUGAAUGUGAUAAGGAAACUCCAUUCCUGUUCUGAAUUUGAAUUCAACUGCAAUGAAUUACAUCGCUUGCUGUUCAAGCUUGAAAACUUGCAUAUUUCACUUUGUUUGUUCAAUGCUUAUUUAGUCACUGGCCUUACAAGAAAGCUUCAUUGGGCUCAACAAAUUAUGCAGAUUUGUGUACAGUAAAGCCAAUGCAGCGGACUUCAGAUCUGAUAGAUCUUUCAUCCACUAUAUAUUCAUAGGAGAGAACCACCAAUAUGCUUUCAGAAGAUUGAAGCCGAAUGAGAAUAGGGUCCAGGGUGAAGAGCUGAUAUUUUCUUAAAUCUCAAGUUUCAUAUAUUUGGCAAAGAAGAAUUGAAAAGAGUAAUAUCGCUCAAGUUGUGGAGUCACCAUAAAUAAAGUUGAGUUUGUAAUUCAUACGGCACUAUGCAAAACAGCCACAUCUGAUUGUAAUUUUAGGAGUGUUUACAUGCUAUGUUUUAUCUUUUUUCUUUAAAUGUGUACUAUUUCUAAGAACAUUGUAAUGAUUUUUGAUAUAGUGAAAUGUUUUUCCCGUGGUUUUUUCCCUCAGUAUUAGAGGGUUUUCCACGUUAAA